GGAACAGCGGCCGCGGGCAGCCAGGGAUGGCGGGGCGGAAGCCAGGCCCUGUACUUGUCUUCCAGCAGUGAUGACGAAUUUGAGACGUUUUUAGCCAGAAUGAAAACUCCCAAAAGUGUUCCUAAAAAGGCAGAUGCAAGUUUGAAAGACUUCAUUGAUGACUCAGAUGAUUUCUUCUUGGACUUUAAAGUGAGAAAGAGCACGAAAAAGAAUGCACAGAAGGAUCUUCAGACCCCGAGGAAGUUGAUGAGUUCUGGAAAGAAAAGCACUUGCUGCCAGGAAUUGCAUUUUGCAGACAGUUCGAGCGACGCUGAAGAUUCUGUCUUUGUGGAAAGUCCAUGGCACGACCCCCAAAAAGGGGGAGGGAAAGACUGGAAAGAGAGUCAGAGGUGCACAAAACUUUCACCUCCACAAAAUCUGAAAGGGUCAGUCUCCAAAGGCAGCCCAGAUGUGCCUGUCAGAAGGAAAGAAAGAAGCUGUGAAAAGAGCACAGAAAAUAAAUGUUCCACAGUGGCAGUAGAGUCAGACAGCUCCGAUGACAGCUUUGAAUCCUUAAUGGAACGCAUAAAGAAGAGAAAUCCGCCCCAAAAACCAGUCCUAGGCACAAGUAAAACUGUCCAUCAGCCCAGCUCAGUAGAAAACAUCAAGCCACCCUGCAAAGAUGCACAGCCCUUGAAAGGGGAGGGAGUCAAGAUACCAAGGCCAAACUCCACUUCAAUUGCAGAAAUAUCUUCCACGACAAGGACUCCUGCAAGAAUUCCUGGGAAUGAACUGGUCACUUGCUCACAAUCAGCAAAGACAGACAGAAGGCUCAGGGUGUGCUCAGUGCCUGGUUGCUUCUUGCAAGAUCUUUCAAAUCCCACUUCCCACUAUGUGAAGUCUUUCAAGAAGAAUAAAGAGGAGCUGACUCAGAAGCUCUACAGGCUGUUCAACAGCACCAUCUUUGAUCAGAAGUUACCAGAGGCAAUGGAGAUAAUCUGGAAUAAGAAGAUGAGGAAAACAGCAGGAUAUUGUGUGACAGGGCAGACACGUCCCGAGGGAAAGCGCUACGCUCGCAUCGAGCUGUCCGAGAAAGUCUGUGACUCUGCAGACCGCCUGCGGGACACGCUGAUCCACGAGGUUUGCCACGCGGCCACCUGGCUCAUCAACGGCGUCCGGGAUGGACACGGGCGCUUCUGGAGGUUCUACGCCAACAAAUCAGCCGUCAUUCACCCCGAGCUGCCGGUGGUGACGCGGUGCCACAGUUACGAGAUCAACUACAAAUUCACCUACGAGUGUGUUCAGUGCAAAGCUCGGAUCGGCCGGCACUCCAAGUCCCUGGACACGGAGCGCUUCGUGUGUGCCUUCUGUGGGGGACGGCUGUGCCUGCGCCAGCCCCCGGGCAAGGGGGGCACCCCUGCCAGGACACAGCUCACACCUUUUGCCAAGUACGUGAAGGAGAACUACGGACUGGCCAAGAGAGAGCAGCAGGGGCUGAGCCACGCGGAGGUCAUGAGGAAACUCGGGGCUGAUUUCGCUCUGAAAACCAGGCUUGAUGAUUCCUUUUAAUUUCCUUACUUGAUGCCACCUAAAUUUUGUAUGUAGAGUAGCAGGUGAGUCUAACGUGAGUCUAAGAAUUGUUUCAGAGCAUUCCAGAUAAUUUGAGCACUAAGUAUUUCUAAUAAAGACCUUAAAGCCUUUUCUAAAAUGGGCAAGAGUGAGCAAAAAUGACAACAGCUAGUCCAGGGUGAUGCACAAGUCAGGGUAUCCUUAGACUUCAGGUGAACACCACCUGUGCCUGGGAAGAUGCAGUUCCAGGCCCUUUGGGACUGACUCACUGCGUUUGUCUGGAAUUUUCUGAGCAGCACACAGUGCUCCCCAGCAUGUCUUCACUGACUCCAGGGAGCAAUGGAUUUACUCUUCCAUCUGGUACCUGUGUGCUGUAAGCUCUGUGUAUGUGCUGAGGAACUGCCGGGUGUGCAUCUGUCUGGGAUUGCCAGGUGGAAGGAA